CCGGCCCGGCCGCGGGAGGUUGAAGCGCUGAGGGGAGCGGGGGACGGAAGGGCGGUUCCGCCGCGUUCUUUCCCCUUUCUCCCCGGUCCUUUGGGGUUUGUGCUCCCCCAGGGGCCUCCCUUCGCUCCUCAGCCCUGCGGGUCGGUGCUGUGGCUGUGUUUUUGGGGUAUAGCACCUCAGAACGAGCUCCACAGGUCUGUGGCCGUACUUAUGGAUUCCCCAGGGUUCAUCUUGCUUCUCUGCGGGUGGAAAACUAGCAGGGCAAAAGCUUGAGUGUUAAUUGUAUUGUGUUAAUAGAGCCUUUUGUUGUUGAGACAGUAAAAGGAGUGAGUGCCUUUAUAUAACGUAGCUAUUAGCAGGAAAACAGAGGACAGUUACAGACGUACCCAAAGUGCAAAAGUCAAAGACAGCUAUUCAUUUCAAGAUGGAAGAGUCAGUGCUGGCUAAAUUGCCAUCUUUGUGCAGUACUCCAAAGGAUUCUGGGGCACCACCUGCCCAGGGGACCAGUUCAGGGAAACAGCAAAUGAGUGCAGCUCUGAGGGAACGAUUAAGGAAAACAAGACGUUCAUUUAAUGCCAAUUUUACAGUGGCAAAGCGGCUCAAAAUAGACACAGAAGAAAAAGACACUGCUGGUGCUGCCACUGAGUGCUUGCCAGAGACAAGGGCAGACUGUUCCAGGUUACAAGAUGGUUCUGAAAGCCUGGAAGGAAAUGGCACUGGACAUACAUGUUUCAAAAGUCCCUCACAGGAGAGUGAUCCCUGUGGAUCAGCAGAGAAUUCAGAUGUGCUGCAAGUUGAUGUUGGUCAGCAAGAGUCCCUUGAAGAGAAAGUAAAGCUGGAGAAACAAGUGCAGGAGAAGGAAGAGCUGCUGCGUAGGCUCAAAAUGGUGAAGAUGUACAGAUCCAAGAACAACCUGUGUGAGCUGCAGGCUUUGAUAGUGAAGUGGAGGAGCAGCACCCAGCUGAUGCUGUAUGAGCUGCAGUCAGCCUUUUCUGCAGAUGGCACGAAAGUGAGUCUCACUCAGCUCAUCGACACCUUUGGGUUAGAAGACCAGUUACUGCACUACAGCAGAACAGAAGAAGAUUUUGUAGAUGCAUAAUCUACAGCUGCAGAGCUUUCUUUGCACAGACACAAAAGCAGAAAAGACUAAAUAAAUUCUGAUUGUGUCAGAAGUGUUGGUCAGACAAUGGACUUUAUGCUUUGAGGUUAGGAGGUUUUCUCCAGAGACACAUGUAAAGCUGUGUGCAUACAUACAGUAGGCACUGUAAAAGGCAUUACUUAAUGGAAAAAAAUCAAACUGGUGAUGUUUUGGAGAAUCUGGCUUAAUGACUUGGUCAGUGAAUUUUUAUUUAAUAAAGUCAUAGUUUAACAGGUAGAAAGAAGUCAUUUUUUUUAUUAGUCUCUGCAUGGUUACUUGUAUUGAAAUAACUCAAAUUGUCAAUUCUGUUGAUGUUCAGCUGGGGAAGAGUGCAGUUUGUUUACAGAUAAACCCAUUUUACAUGUCUUCCUGGUGCUAAUGACAGCAUUUUGUGAGUUAAGUGAAGAUAACUGAUUUUCAUGAUGGUAAUAUUCCAGAGCUGAGAUAAGAUGUUUUCACUAGCUUUAACUCCUACUGAGGAAAAUGUGUCAUAAUGCAGUUGCUUUCAGGUUCUGGUCCAGACAGUCUCUGCAGAGCUGCUGUCUCAUAAGAAUUCUGCCACAGCCUGAGGUAACAGAAGGGAAGGCAAGAAAAUUGAAACCAGCUUUUUCUAUUAUUCUACAUCUAGAGCCAAGGUGUUUCCUCUCUUCAAAUAAAUAAGAAAAACAAGGCCUUGUUUAAUGGGAUUGCUUCAAAUACAGCAUCGUAAAGCUGAAUAAAUCUUUACAAUUCCAUUUAUUCUCCAACAAAUGCCUUUGUUGAAAG